GCAGAGCAUGUUUGAUAACAAAAUAUGUCUUUUUUGAUAUAUCUUAGUUGUUAUCCUACAACUUUUUAAAAUGGGGUCAAGAAUUGGGUUUUUCUAUUGUAAUUCAACUGGGAAACCCAGUUCUCUUCUCUUAGUAUUAACACACAUCUCAAAGGUUUUCGUUUUCUUUUUGUUUCAUCAGAAUUAGUAAUUUGUGCACCCAAAAUAUAGCUUUGAUACUGUCAAGUUGAAACAAAUUUAAGUGUUAGAUUUUGAAGUAUGGAUUUGCGUUUUGAUGGGGUCGUUUAGUAAACAAUGAAUGAGUUUGUUAAAAGUUUAUUGACGAGAGGUUUUCGAAUAUAUAAUUGUAAAAAUAAUUGAAUGCUCACAUGCAGAUCAACUGAAUCAAUUAAAUGUUUAUGUUUAGAUGACGAGCUUGCAUCGGACUCGUUCCCAAUGAAAUUAGUGGAUGGAUUGAUUUGGGAGUUCAAAGGGCGACAAGUGGUGAGAAGGGAAGGAGAAAUUCUACUUGCAGGUGCAAAUCCUUCUGCAGAAGGUGAAGAUGGCGAUGAGGGUAGCGAUGAAUGCGUUGAACGAGGCAUUGAUUUUGUGCUCAACCAUCGAUUACAAGAAAUGAAUUGUUAUGAGGACAUGGCUACCUUUAAAUCGUAUUGCAAAUCAUUUAUGAAGAAAGUAGUUGAACUGAUGCAAAAAAACGGCAAGUCGGAAGCAGAAAUUAAUGAAUUCAAGCGGAAGAUCCAAGCUUGGGUCGUAUCACUCCUGAGCAAGGAUCGAUUUAAACAGUUGCAGUUCUUCAUUGGCGAGCGUAUGGCUGAAGGUCAAGGUGAGGGACAAGUAGCUGUAGUAGAAUAUCGAGAUGAGGAGGAAGGUGAGGUGCCCUAUUUGAUGCUUGUGAAAGAAGCACUUGUUGAAGAAAAACAAUGAUUUCUAAUUGGCAACUGCGUUCUUUUAACUGCGUUUCCUUCCUGCUUGUUGUUUUAUGUUUACUCUCUAGUUGUAUGAAAAAUAUGGCGGAUAAAUAUGUUGGCAAUGAAUAUUCUUCCUAGUUUGGUUCUGUAAACCAUUUCGUUUUCCAAGACUUUAUACGAGUAAUCAUCAGUUUGGAUGGGCAUAAAGUUGGUUCCCAACAGUUUCCGGUGCGCAUUUCAAUGGAAGGAUGUUGAUGGUUGAGGUGGUAGUAUAUGAUAUGAUUGAUAGUCAUUACAUUCAUGUAGAAGUAUCUGAUUU